GAGGAGACGCUCAAGAUGCUCGACGAGAGUUUCCAGUGGCGCAAGGAGAUGUGCGUCCACGAUCUUACCGAGUCGUCCAUCCCUCGAUGGCUACUGGAAAUGGGCGGAAUUUAUCUCCACGGUUACGACAGAGAGGGCAACAAGCUGUUCUGGAUCCGAGUGAAAUACCACGUGAAAGACCAGAAAACCAUCCUGGACAAGAAGAAGCUCAUCGCGUUCUGGUUGGAACGUUACGCCAGGCGCGAGAACGGGAAGCCCGUGACGGUGAUGUUCGACCUCUCGGACACUGGACUGAACAGCAUAGACAUGGACUUCGUGCGUUUCAUCGUCAACUGCUUUAAGGUUUAUUACCCCAGAUACCUGUCGAAAAUCGUCAUCUUCGACAUGCCUUGGAUAAUGAACGCCGCUUUCAGGAUCGUGAAAACUUGGCUCGGUCCGGAGGCUGUGAGUCUGUUGAAGUUCACGAGCAAAAGCGAGGUCCAGGACUACGUCGGCGUCGAGUACCUGCCUCCUCACAUGGGCGGGACCGAUCCUUUCAGGUACAGCUAUCCCCCGCUGGUGGACGAUGACUUCCAGACCCCGUUGUGCGAGAACGGGCCCGUCACCAGCGAGGACGAGACUUCCAGUAGAGACGACACGGAGAGCGACGGCAAAGACACCCCGGAAACCACUGUUCACGAGGAACAAACAACCCUUCUGAAGAAGGCUAAGCCGUCGGAACCUCCUCCCAAAGCAGAAGAAAACGAGAAAGGCGACGCGAAGGUGAAAUCUUUCAAGAAACCCUCGAGUGUCUUCAAAGGGCCUUUGCUGCAUAUCAGCCCGGCUGAAGAGCUGCAUUUUGGAAGUAUGGAGUCUGGAGAGAAGAAAACCCUGAUAGUGCUGACAAAUGUAACGAAGAAUAUAGUGGCCUUUAAGGUGAGAACAACUGCUCCAGAAAAAUACCGGGUCAAGCCAAGCAACAGCAGCUGUGACCCCGGGGCGUCUGUGGAUAUAAUCGUGUCUCCCCACGGGGGUCUCACCGUCUCUGCCCAAGACCGCUUCCUGAUAAUGGCCGCGGAAAUGGAGCAGUCGUGCGGCACGGGGCAGACCGAAUUGACGCAGUUCUGGAAGCAAGUCCCUCGAAACAAAGUGAUGGAACACAGGUUAAGAUGCCAUACUGUUGAGAGCAGUAAACCAAACAUGCCUACGUUAAAAGACAACGCUUUUAACGUGUCGGAUAAAACCGGCGAAGACAUCUACCUACAACUCAGCCGUUUACUAGAAAGCAAUCGGAAGCUUGAAGACCGAGUUCAGCGUUGUAUCUGGCUCCAGCAGCUGUUGCUUUCAGUAACAGUGCUCUUGCUUGCUGUUGUCAUCUCUUUAUUCUAUUCGUUGCUCAGUUAAGGAAGUGGUGCCUGGUCGGAAACUUGGCUCCUUCUUCUGUGGGAAAAAGUAACAGACCCAAAACUUCACCACCAAGCUACUCAAAGUCUUGCACAUCUGGGCUUCCUCAAAGCAAAUACACAGCACCUAGAGGGAUGCAACACGUACACGUUGGGAAAACGAACUGGUCAGGUAAAGAGGCUGGACAAGCAGAUUCUCAGAGACUGUAACAGUUAGGAAAGUAAGUAAAGGCAUAUGCAUUAUGUAAAUUAAUGGUUUAAAUCUAAUUUAUUGUUUUUGUUUUUUUUUCCUUUGGGUUGGGACACUUUUAAAGCGUAAGUCUUCUGUAAAUACACUAGCUAAACUGAAAAGUGUAACAUGCUUCGUUGCAGCCAAAAUAUAUAAUCUGCUUUUUUAUGACACAAUUAUUACAGCUGAACCAACGUACUAGCUUUUCAAUACUAUGUAUAUAGAAGACCGUGUAUAUUGAAAAAGACAUACAGAGUAAUUUAUGUAAUCCUGACUUUGUAAUUUUGAGAAUUACUUCCAGACAAUAAUAGUCAAUAUUCUUUUGGAAUGUAAACCUAUUUAAUGCCAAACCACAUUAGCCUCGAUUUCGCAGUGUGCGGGCCAGCGGGCCUCUUCGGGCACGUCAGCCUUUCUCUGGAACACCGUCAGGGCGGCCUUCGCACUGAGCGCGUGCAAGU